ACGUUUCUAUCUAUUCCACCGCUCCACGCAGCAAUUGAAUCUCAGUACUCGCAGGAUUCGCUCUUUAGCACAUCAUGAGGGCGACUCUACGGCUUCUGGCUAAUGUUAAGCCAGCCAGAUACCUGGAACCUUUCACUCCUACUGGUCUUACUGGCCUUUCAACCCACCCUAGCCCUCGACCAACACUCAUCUAUCUCUACACCACAACGCUCGAGAAGCUAAAGGCGAUCCCGGAAUCAUCUGUAUACCGCAAGUCGACAGAAGCCCUCACGAAACACCGAUUGGAAGUCGUGAAGUCCACGAAACCCCCCGGGUUCGACGCCUGGCUCGAACGAGUAAGGGCCCUUGUCGCUGAGAACCCUGAGAAAUAUAAGGCUGCUCUAAGGGAUGAUGGUACAUACGCCGCAUUUCAAGUGGAAGAGGAGAAUAUCGCAAAGGAGGACGAGCUUUGGGGUGGUGAGACAUCCAAGAUGCAGCAGGAGGGUGCAUAUCUCAGUGAGGAGGAGAUGGAGGAGCGCAUAAAGGAGGCAGAGGCAGAGGCUGCCCAACAUGCGACGCCUAGUAUCCAUUGGGAGGCAGAGCCAGCUCUCGAGGCUGCACAGAUUUCUGAGAUUGAAAACAAAAUUGGCGGUGGAUUGAUAGAGGAGGUCAUCCAAGUUGCCGAAGGAGAAAUGAAACUCGUGGAUGAGAUGGUUAAAAACAAAGUAUGGGAGGAACUUGUAGAGAAGCCCAAGCCAGGCCAGUGGACUUACUUUGAGAGAACUGAACCCAGCUCGUGAUCAACAAACCAUGCUGUGAUUCUACA